AUUUCAUGGUCACGAGAAAAUUUAAAAAUAUUGAUAGGUAAAUUACCCAGGUGUGUAACACGUGCUGUCAAAAUGAACCUGACACCUGUCACCGGUCAUGUUAUUUGUCAUUUUUCCCUUUAUCUCGAAUUUAAGACUUGCGUUCGCAAUCACCCGCUCCACUGAUGCAGUUUAGUUUAAAAAACAUUCAAAUCAGCUGAAACUUUAACCCCUCGCGCGACGGGUAAAAACCCACGAAGCAAACCGGUUUGCAUGUCGGAUCUUUACCGCACGAUUUUGGCAAAGAGAGAAGCCCCAAUUUGCGCUCCUCACGCUAGACGGAGAAAAGCGGUGAGUUUCGUGACGCAGGCGCGUAGUAUGGCGGUGUGAUUGGAAAGUGCUUCAGUGCGGUGCAGUCAUGAAGGAGUACCACCAAGUCACCUCCCCCAACUACUCGUACGUGUUCAACUUCGAGUCGGACUUCAUCCACCAGGAGACCCGCACAUGGAUGCAAGACAACUGGACGUUGGGCUUCUACUACGUGGGCAUCUACAUGGUGCUCAUCUUCGGGGGCCAGCACCUCAUGCAAAGCCGUCCGCGGUUCGAGCUCCGGGGCGUCCUCAGCCUCUGGAACACUCUCCUGGCCACGUUCAGCAUCAUCGGGGCCUGCAGAACGGUCCCCGAGUUCCUCCACACCCUCACCCACCACGGCCUCUACCACUCGGUCUGCGUGCCUAGUUUCAUCGAGCAGGACAAGGUGUCGGGCUUCUGGACGUGGAUGUUCGUCUUGAGCAAACUCCCCGAGCUGGGGGACACCAUCUUCGUGGUGUUGCGGAAACAGCCCCUCAUUUUCCUCCACUGGUACCACCACAUCACGGUGCUGCUCUACUCCUGGUUCAGCUACACGGAGUACACGGCCAGUGCGAGGUGGUUCAUUGUGAUGAACUACUGUGUCCAUUCGGUGAUGUACACAUAUUACGCACUCAGGGCCAUGGGGUACAGCCCCCCGAGACAGAUCGCCAUGCUGAUCACCUCGCUCCAACUCCUCCAGAUGGUGAUCGGCUGCGCGGUCAACAUCUGGGCCCAUCAGCUCCUCCAAAGCCAAGCCGAAUGCCACAUAACCCCCUUUAACAUCAAAUUGUCAAUUGCCAUGUAUCUGAGCUAUUUUGUUCUUUUUGCGAGGUUCUUCCACAAGGCCUAUCUCUCGGGGGCGAAGAGGAGCAAAACUAGGAGCGCCACGGCCGACUACCCUCUAAUCAAAUCGAAAGUUCACUAGUUCCAGGACUGUUUUGUUCGGUUUUUUUCGGGUUGUGAUAUGUUUUAAUAAAAUGAUGUUCCAACAAAUUUUAUAACAAAAUCGUUAUAAAUUAUAUGUAUAUUUUUUAUAAAGCAUUUAGAAAAUGUGCAUUUCAUAGGGCAUUUAUGGUUUCGUUGUUACAGACGACACAAAACGACCUGAAAUUUCAUGAUAAUCAUGAAGAAUUAACUACUUAAUUUUUAUUGUCAACACUAUUGUUUCAAAUCGUUUUGUGACAUCUCUAAAUCGUUGGAAAAGGAACACAGAACUAGUCAUUGUUAGGUUUAUAAUUGUGUAUGGAAUUACAUUUUUAUCAUAAUCGCAACUUAUUUAUUUUCUACUUUUAGACAAUUCAACGUGAAGAGUCACACUGUUAAAUUGUUCUGCAACAGUCGUUCAAUAAAAUAUUUUUUACCAA